AUGAUAGCGAAGCUUCUCGUGUUCCUAUCAUUAGUGACCCUCAUUAACGCCUUCCUACGCCUUAAACGACACUAUCCUUCACAAAGUCUCCAGCAUUACUUUAGAGAUAAGGCCUUAGCUCAACAAACAAGUUCGUGGAACAAUUAUAACUACUACAACUACGCCUACGCUCAACAAACGUCACAACGACAGAGCUACUACUAUCCACAACAGUCUUACUACUAUCCGAGUUACUACUAUCCGUCAAGCAGCUACUAUUAUCGUCAACCAGACUACUACAGCACCUAUUAUUCGCAGUAUUAUUCGCAGUAUCCACAAUAUCAACAGUACGCACGAUACCCGUAUUAUCAACAGUACUCUUCGCCAUACGGUAGCUACGGUAGCUACGGUAGCUACUAUCAGUACAACCAACCGAACUAUUAUUCUGGAUACUAUUCGCAGCAAUCGUCCAGGUAUGCAAUAAAGUUUUUCUUUCCAAUUCAUGAAGUUGUAGAUAUGAAGAAUCGAUUUUGA